AGAAUUUAAUGAAGUUGUUUAUUCAAACAGAAAUUUGCAGAAUGGAACUCAUUUACCAGAAAGGGAGUUUAUCACCCAUGGUUUUAGGGAAGGUAGAGUCAAACACAAGGGAAGGUGCAUGUUUUAAAUUGUCUUCCCUUUCUAGUGGUUCAGUCCAUUACCAAUUUUUGCAUAAAGAUAGAGAGAUAGUAAGACAUAGACGAGGUAGAAGAGUUAUUGUUGCCACUGGACCUGCCAUAGAGGCUCCUGUUAUUGCCACUGAACCAUUAACAAAAGAUGAUCUAAUUCACUACAUGGUAUCUGGUUGCAAGCCUAAGGAAAAGUGGAGAAUAGGCACAGAACAUGAGAAGUUUGGUUUUGAAUUUGAUACUUUACGUCCAAUCAACUACAAACAAAUAUCAGCUCUACUCAAUGGCAUUGCUGUGAGGUUUGAUUGGGAUAAAAUUAUGGAAGGUGACAACAUCAUAGGACUCAAAACUGGGAAACAAAGCAUAUCAUUGGAGCCUGGUGGUCAAAUUGAGCUUAGUGGUGCACCUUUCAAAACAUUGCAUCAAACUUAUGAUGAGAUUAAUUCACACCUCUAUCAGGCUAAAACUGUUGCAGAGGAAAUGGGAAUUGGAUUUUUGGGGUUAGGUUUUCAGCCUAAAUGGAGACUGCAAGACAUACCACAAGUGCCCAAGGUACGUUAUGACAUUUUGAAAAAUUACUUCAGUAAAUUUGGGUCUCUUGGUAUUCACUCAUUGUUAAUGACAUGUUCUAUUCAGGUGAACUUGGACUUCAGUUCUGAAGCAGACAUGAUCAAGAAAAUGCGCGCAAGUCUCGCGUUGCAGCCUUUAGCAACAGCCUUAUUUGCAAAUUCACCUUUCAAGCAAGGAUUUCCGAAUGGUUAUGCCAGCUUUAGAAGCUACCUGUCCGGUCAAAUUGAUAAACGUCGUACCGGAAUGCUCCCAUUUGUUUUCAAUGAUACUUUUGGGUUUGAGCAGUUUGUUGAUUAUGCUCUUGAUGUACCGAUGGUAUUUGUUUAUCGAAAAAAUAAAUAUAUCGCUUGUGGUGGCAUGUCAUUCCGGGACUUCAUGGCUGGUAAACUUCCUGCCAUUCGAGGUCAAGUGCCAACAAUCAGUGACUGGGAAAAUCACCUCACAACUAUAUUUCCUGAGGUGAGGCUAAAGAGAUACAUGGAAAUGAGAGGUGCUGAUGGGGGGCCUUUGAGUAUGCUAUGUGCUCUACCUGCUUUUUGGGUAGGUCUACUAUAUGAUGAGGUUUCACUACAUAAUGUUCUAGAUAUGAUUGCUGAUUGGACCGCUGAAGACAGAGAAUAUUUAAGAAAUCAGGUUCCUUUUACUGGUUUGAAGACUCCAUUUCAAGGUAGAUUGUUGCAACAAGUUGCUGAAGAUGUGUUGAAGUGGGCAAAGGAUGGCUUGGAAAGAAGGUGCUUAAAUGAAUCAAUUUUUCUGGAUCCAUUGAUUGAAGUGGUUGGAACAGGUGUAACACCAGCUGAGAAGCUUUUGGAUAUGUACAAUAACAAGUGGGUAAAUAACAUAGAUCAUGUGUUCAGAGAGUGUUGCUACUGAUCCUGUCUUCUUGUGAAGUAGAGACAGAAUGAAUGUAGAUUGAAAAUAAUACAUUCAUGUGAUGUAAUUUAUAAGUGUUGUAAGAUGAAGAGAUAGCUUAUGGUGUUUUAAUAUAUCUGUUUAUAAAUAAUGUUUGGAAUCGUUGUACAUAUAAUCAAUUACUAUCUAUAGACAUGUACAUAGUGAAAUCUUUCAAGUCUGUUUGCACCACCA